AUGGAACAUCAAUCAGAAAUGGGUGUUUACGGCGAUACUCCUAACGUGCAAAACAGUGGAAACUAUAUUACAAUAAUACCUGUGGACUAUACACGUAGAGGAUAUCAGAUGCAAGCAGAAUAUCAAUAUAACGAGUUUCGAUCCCGCGAAGAAUAUUACAGCGUUCAAAGUCAAAAGUUGCAGGCCGAGGUUAACGCGCAUUUGUAUUCGGUCUCGCAAAGGUUGCCCCACCUCUCGUACAGUCCGCUGGGGCGGCAUAAUGAGUGGGACAAACACGAUCCCCACAAGCCCCUCCAGUCCGACUCGAAGGAGAGCAACAGCUCCGAUUCCCUCGAGAAAAGCGUCAUGGGAUCCAAUCUGAGUAGCUGUUCUAAUCAAACCGGAUCCAGCAGUAUAGCAGCCGGCUCCUUCAGCACAACAGAACCUAUUACCAGUGGAGGGAGUUCGUCUAGUGCUAUAUCCCCACCAUUACCAGGAUCCUCGGGUAGCACAGCCUCUUCAUCAACGGUAACAUCGAACCCCGUCACUUGCAUCUACCUCAUGUCUCGUACCGCAAUCAUGAUGGAGAUGAGUUCGGAAGAAGUACCCGCCAAUGUGACAGCCGCACGAUUCCUUAAUGCGGUUCUGGCCACUGAAGAGUUAGGGUUGUCGCAGCCUUCGACCAGAAGCGUGGCAGCUAACGUUUUUGCGCUGUGGAUGUGCAGUCCACUGUUGGAAAUCCAAUUGAAGCCUCAUCAUAGUCCAUGGAAAAUCUGGGCAAACUGGCAGAAACUACUGUUGCGUUACGGACACGGGUCAGAAUCGAAGCGACGUCGGGAUCAGCCAGUCUUGAGAUUACAGAGAAACGUUUUCUUUCCCAAACACAUCGAAGAAGGAAUCAAAGAUUCCCGUAUACAAGAAUUGUUAUAUGAAGAAGCACGUCACAAUGUGGUCACAGGACGGUAUCCUUUGGAGAGUGCUCAAGCUGUUAUGCUCGGAGGACUGCAAGCUAGGAUACAACUUGGCCCUUACGAUCCGCACCGACAUACAGCUAAAUUUUUUAGGGAGCAUCAAGACAAAUAUUUGCCGAAACAUGCGCGUUCAGGGCGUUGGGCCCAACUACUGCCAGCCGGCAGGAAGGGCAGCCCCGAAGCCAAACUAUUAGAACAAGCGCAGAGACCUCCUGCUGCUCCACCGAGGAAGCUACGACAUAAAUACUUGGCUCACACCAGAACUCUCCCUACUUAUGGGGCCGCCUUCUUCCAAGGGCAAAUCGAGCAGCCAGUCCGGAGUUUGACCAGUCUAUUGACCCACGAAGAUAUUCCGGUCUUAGUGGCCGUCAACUCCAAUGGGGUUUACGUGAUCGAUGACACUGAAAGCACAGUUCUACUUGGUUUGCUGUAUGAAGAGUUGUCAUGGGACAUCGGCUUACCUUCGGAGGAACACGAAGAGAGUCUACCGUGUCUAUUCUUGCAGUUCAUGGUAGUCGAAAACGGUUUAAGAGUCUCCAAAAUAUUGCAGGUAUUCUCGAGACAAGCUAGCAUGAUGGAUACGUUGAUAGAGCACUUUGCCGGGGAAUACAGAAAGAGGCUCGGACAGGAGACGCCAAGUGAUCACGCCAAUUACGACUACCAUUCAGAUUCUGGUAGUAUAUCCCUGCCUCCGCUAUCAAGGCCAGAUUCUCCCCAACGUAGAUUGGCCAACAAGUUGUCUAGGUUGGCGUUGGCCACCCACGACGGACGCGGCAAUCUGCUGGGCGGAGCUGGAGAUUGGGGCGCGGACUUAGACCAUCAACGGCCGUCUUGGAUAUUACCCAAACACUAAAAUUAUGUAUAGAGACUUUUGCAAUUAUUGGACUUCUUUGUGAUUAUCUAGUCAGAAUGUGUUCGUCACUUUUGUUGUCUUUUAAUUUUGCCUAUCUAUUCAUCAGUAGCGUCAUAGGGCUAUUCUAGCUUCGCAUUGGUUGGUGGGCGAUCUCACAGGGCUUAGCCUGAAAGAGUUUGCCAACGUCUGCCCUAGCAAGAGCAGUGCUUCGCUGAAUCUGCCACCAGAAUCGCGAUCCGCUGAAAAGAUCCAGCGAGAAACUCAGCGACUCAGCGGUGCUAUGAGACUGGACUGAAAUACUAAAUCAAAUUGUUAGA